AUGGAGAGCUUCAUCGACAUUGCUCCCUCCAAGAGAUGCAUUGCUGCAUGUGCCAAGGGCGACACCACCCGCGCCCAUACACCAGGCAAAGCAAAGAAUUCAAGGAUGAAUGAUGUGGACGAUGUCCUAAAGAUUGUCAACUUCUUUAGGGAGAUGAAAGAUAUAAACAGGGAAUUCUUCUGUGUCAUGCAACUUGAUGAGUCCGACAGAGUUAAGAACAUAUUCUGGGCGAACGCAAGCUGCCGAGGGGCGUAUCAGGACUUUGGUGACUGCGUAACGUUUGACACCACAUAUGAGACCAACAAGUACCAUAUGCCACUUGGGGUGUUUGUGGGUACUAACAACCACUUACAAACUACAUUCUUUUGUUUCGCCUUGAUAAGAGAUGAGGAUGCAGAUUCAUUCAGAUGGUUGUUCAACACAAUUUUAAGGUGCAUGAGAGGGAAGGCUCCUACAUGCAUCCUCACAGACCAGUGCCCGGCAAUGGCUUUGGCGAUCCCAGAUACUUUCAAGAACACAGUACACAAGCUGUGUCCCUGGCACAUUAUGAAGAAGUACAGGGGACACCUCGCAUACCUGUACAACCUGGACGAAGACUUUAAGGAUGAAUUCACAUCAAUCCUAAACUGGCCCCUCAUGCCAACUGAGUUUGAGGUUGCCUGGAAAAGACUCAUGGAUAAGUACAACCUCCAUGAUGAUGCCAUGAUGGUGGCCAUGUGGAACGAGCGUGAGAGAUGGAUAUCAGCCUACUUCAAAGAAAUUUUCUGCGCCAAAAUGACAUCCACACAACAAGGUGAGAGCAUGAACUAUGUGCUCAAGAAGAACUUUGUAAGUGAGAGACAAAACCUACACCGGUUUGUCAGCCAGGUAAACUCCUGCGUCAAAACCAGGAGGCAGACAGAGAACCAGGAGACAAUGGGUAACCGGACGGAACAAAACACGCUGACCUUCUAUGGGUUUGACACCCAGAUGGCAAAGCUUUACUCACGAGCCGUGUACAGUGAGAUCCGAAAAAGGCUAAAGCUGAGCACACUCUUCACGUCGACAGAGACGGAAGAGCCCACAAAGUACCUCGUGCGCUACAACAACCCGCAAAAACUGUCUGCAUGGUCUCAGCACGCGUUCCAGGUGGUUGCAGACCCCGUGGGAGAAAUAUAUAACUACGAGUGCAACCUAUGGGACCACACAGGUAUUUUCGGUGUGCAUGUCCUGUGCAUGACGCAGACAAUUAAGGCUGCCAGCGUUCUAGUGAAAUACAUCCUCGGGAGAUACACCGAACGCCCGAACAUCCAGCCAACAUUCAACAGAAAUGACUUGAGGACAGUAGCGUCAAACAAGGCAUCCCAAUACUGCAUUGCAAGCUCACUGCUGCAGCUGAACAUGAGGGUGCACAGAAAAAGCUUGAGAAGCCAAGAGCAAAUGGCGAGGUCACGGGUCGUCAUGGACAAACUUGAACAAGAACUCGACGCCAUGCAUUCUGCUAAAAGCGGACGUCUCGCGGACAAUGAAGCCAUUGAGUAG